AAAGAUGUGCGCCUCCCGAUACAACUGCAGCGAGCUAUGGCCGCAGAAGCAGAAGCAACUCGUGAAGCUAGAGCUAAGGUGAUCGCAGCAGAGGGUGAGCAGAAGGCUUCACAUUCGCUGCAGGAAGCAGCAAUCAUCAUAUCGGAAUCGCCAGCAGCACUGCAACUACGUUAUCUGCAGACCCUCAGUAGUGUCGCGUAA